UGGCAGUUUCGUGAAUAUAUGGCGACUGAAUUAAUCUGUGUUCUCCUUCUCCAACACUGAUUUCGCCAUUAAUAAUCCUUCUUCAUCUUCUGCAUUUUUUUGUUUGUGUGUGUGUGUGUGUGUGUGGCUUCCAUUGUUAACUUUCUGUUCGUUGUUUUCGGUGCUACGAUCGUCAGUAAUAAUCAGCUAAAAGUGAUCUAGUUCUGAGUGUAAAGAAGAGGUUUCUGAAAAUGGAGAAUGUAGUGGCUCGAGAUGGAGAUGAAGAACUAUCUCUAUUCCUGGAGAUGCGAAGGCGCGAGAAGGUUCAAGGCCUUUCUUCUCUUCCAGAACCUGGAACAAACAAUGUUGACGAGACUCUCACAAAGAGCUCAACGAGAUGUGUUCAGCUGCGAAAGAGCGCUGUUGAAAAGUUCUUGGACUCUGAGAACAACAAAUCCGAUUACGAGUGGCUACUUGCGGCUCCAGAGACACUGGCUGAGAAAGAAGCGCAAGAGGGCUCCAUGGUUAAACUCAAGCAGCCUAAAGCUAGGUCCACUGCGCUUAAACCACGGGUCGAAAACAUCCCGCAAGAACCUGUGACAUGGAGCGCCAAGGCUUCGAAGCAAAUCCCAAGAUUGGAUUCUUUAACUGCUAUUAGCAAACGAGGCAACACCGUUGCAGAAGCAAGACCAACCAGUAAACCUUCAAGACAGGCCACACCAACUUCACGAGCCACAUUAUCUUCCACAAAGCAAACCAACUCUGCUCGGAAUCCGAUUCCAGAGACUAGAACCUCUUCAAUCAAAUCCAAUCCACGAGCAUCUUCCUUUACCCGUUCAUCCUCGGUGGGAAAGUCUGUUCCUAGUGCAAAGUCUACAUCUUUAACAAUCCGUGAACUACCGGCUAGACCUGUCUCGACUUCAAGAGGGAGAGCAACGGGACGGUCCAAGAUUAGCAAUGAUGUGAAUCCUGUUUUGCUGGGGACUCAGAUGGUGGAAAGAGUUGUGAACAUGAGGAAACUGCCACCUCCGAAGCAAGACGAUAGCAUGAGCUCAGGCUUCGGGAGAAAUCUCUCUAGGUCGUCUCUCGACAUGGCAUUGAGGCACAUGAACAUAAGGCGUAGUAUUUCGGGGAAUCUGCGGGUAAUAAACAAUGCUCCAACAAACUCUACGGACAAAAACAACUAGCCAUCGCCAUCCUCUUGAUACCAUUAUAUAUACUCUCAGCUUUCCAGUUAAUAAAAUCUCUGUUAACUUUGCUGCAACAACGCUUUUAUUAUGGAAACUACCUAUUCUUAUCACAAAGAAGAAUGCCAUUUUAACCAUUUAUUAUUUUUUGUUUGUUAACUGCAUUGAUAAACAUUGAUCAUAAAUCCUUUAUAAAUUUAUAAC